GAAAACGAAUCCUGGUGGAGAACCUGAAGGAACUCCUGCACAAAAUGAUCUAGAAAUGAGAAGAAAUAUAAAGUUAGCAGAACACUCUUCCUGUUUCAGUUUAUUGACCUCAGCCUGCAGAAAUGCUGUGAUGUCUGUGUGGAACGGGUCCGACCACCAGAACCGAUGACGGGACGAGGAGUUCAGAGGGAACAAGACUGAAGCUGCAGGCUGAAACUCACCAGACUGAAGACAAGAAGAAAAUCAAUUUAUCAGCACAGGUUGCAUCCCAGUCAUCUCCACCAUGAAGAUCCUGAGUUUGUCUUGGUUUGGAUUCACCAUGUUGACUUUGGUCCAUGCAGUCUCCAUUCCAGUCACAGACGAUCCUUUUGGUCCAACAGGAGACGCUCCGUUCGCUGACCUCUAUCCAGAUCAGCCAACAACCCGUGAUUACGGUGAUGACUGGAUGCAUGGAACUGAUGGAGACUUUCACGGGAACUUCAAGUGCCCUGAUGGAUGGACGAUGCACAGCACUCAGUGCCUCCUCUUUGUUCCCCAAAACAUGACCUGGAAAGAGGCCAAGGAAAACUGUGCCUCCAAACGUGAAGGUUCACUUGCCUCUGUGUAUAGUGACAUACAAGCUGAUGAGAUUUACAGCGAGAUGAAAAGUUCUGGACAAAAUGGCGGACAAGUGUGGGUUGGAGGCAGCAAAACAUCAGGGGAUUCUUCUUGGUCCUGGGUGGAUCCCUCUUUCCCUGGUUUUGCCACAUUUUGCAGUGAGGAUAGUUCACAGGAUGAGAACAGCUGUCUGCAGAUGUCUUCUGGAGAUCGCAGCUCUGGGUGCCUGAGGGCCACCAAAUGUGACGCUGGGCUCCCGUCUGUCUGCGCGAUCCUCCUCUACUAGUUAAAAUGCAGAUACGAGUCAACAUGCCUCUUGGCCAUCAGUCACUUCCUUAAAUGUUUCUGCUCUGCUGUUUUAAUAUAAAAAAACUGACCAAAAAUACAAUAUAUACUGAUGUUAGUCCCUAGGCACAGAUACUUUCUGCUUGUAAUGUGAGAAAGGAACCUAUCACUUCUAAUAACUUUCCAAAUAAAAUCUUUAGCAUUGAUAAAAAAAGAUGUGUGUUUGUGUGUCUGUAUUAAAGCAACACAUUUUUCCCCUUCCAUUGUUGUAGAGUUCCUGUUUAGUUGGACGCGGUUAAAUAAUUGUUCCUGUAAUUUUUGUACUGGUUAAAUAUUCGUUUUACGGUUCAAAAACAUCUGACAUGCCUUUAAAGAUUUUAUUCUUACAUAUGGUAACUUCUGUACAUUAUAGAACAAUUACUGUCC